GACAGGGAUACCCCGCAAGACGAGGUACUAUGUUCAAGCAAGCAAGGAACAGAACUGGAGCUUCUUCCAAAGGGCCGACGCUGUGAAGAGGGCUUGAAACACCCUCCCAGCAUAGUACCCAUGUAGGAUUCUCCAUUCAGUCACGACCAGGAACUUAAUCACCUUGAGGUGCGAACAAAUAAAGAUGCGUGGUUAGAAGCAGCAGCAGGGAGUUUGAAGCGAAUUCUGAAGAAAACCCACACUGUUGCCAUAGAGAACAAUUCUCCCAACAGAUGGACCACCCUCAGGAAAGGAUGAUUACGGGUUUACACCUCCACUGAUACGAUGUUGCAAAUACGACGGAAGGAGUAGGAGAAUGGGGUCAAGACGACGUCUUUGAUAAGGAGAAUGCCGGAAGAAACAACUGAGAGGAGUCCCGAGAGCAAACGGCAGAGGUAGAAAUGGAACUUUUGAGGUCGAAUCCGAGGUGUGGGCCGCGGACGAGGCGCACGACGGAGUGUGGAGGCCACGGGCAGCAGCAGGCGACAGGGGCGACGAGGGUGGUGGUGGCGGGGGGGUUAGGAGGAGGCAGUGCAGGGGAGGCCAAGUUCGUGAUGGACGAGACGGUGUUGAUGGAUCUGAUGGAGCUGGAUUCCUUGAGCGAGCAAUUGCUGGGAGAGACAUGGGCGGGGGACAACCAUGGCGACUACGGGAGCUAUUUGGCGUACCCGGCGUCGUGUAAUGGAGGCAUGUUUGCAGCAGCAGGCCCCCCGCCCGUCUCGCAGUCGGCCCAAAUGUACUCUUACGGGAAUGGCAGCAUGGCAGCCAGCUUGCAGGCAUUUCAGCAGGAGUUGAUGCUGCAGCAGGUUGUGGAGUCUUGCCAGCAAUCCAUCCCGGUUGCGAGCUCGUCACCUCCAUCGCUGCCCUUGUCCAGCGCUCCGGUUUCUGGAAUUAGCAGCUAUGGUGCGGCAGUUGGUAGUCGGCUUUUGAGCAGCAGCAGCCCUAGUCCGAGCGGGACCGCGCGCACGAUGCCCGGCAAUCAGAGCCUCGCCGGAAUGAUAACAGGGGACGGUAGGGGUGUUGGAGAUCCAAGAGGGGGCGUAGGUGGUAGGAGCGGGGUGGCCGAGAUCAGGGAGAGUGGCGUGGUGGAUAGAGAAGAAGAGAAGUCUUCGUUGUCGACGGUAGAGGGCAAUCCCGUGAGCAGCGGCAAUCUGGAGGCGGGUGUUCGGGGGCCCCGAAUUUCGGCGGGGUUCCCAUUGCCGCUGCGCGAUCGAAUGAUGCAGGCACUUCGGUUGAUAGGGCGGUCUCUGAAGGAUGAGCUGGUGCAGGUGUGGAUGCCGGUGGUGCAAGGGACUCGGAAGUGUUUGAUGACGCGGGAUCAGCCGUUCACUGUGGAGCCGAGAAACGAACAAUUGUGGGUGUACAGGAGCAUGUCGGAGAGCUACGAAUUUCCAGCGGAGAGGGUGGAGGGGAAGGUCCUGGGGCUUCCGGGGCGCGUGUUCAUUGGGCAGAAAGUGGAGUGGACGCCGAACGUGCAGUAUUAUAGUAUCCAGGAGUAUUUGCGUGUGAAGGAGGCGCAGAGAUGCGACAUACGGGGAUCCCUGGCGGUUCCAGUGCUUGACCCCGUGAGUCACCAGUGCGUGGCUGUAAUCGAGCUGGUUGGUCGCGCUGAGAAGGUCCAGUAUGGUCCUGAUGUGGACAUCAUUGCUCGAGCUCUGCAGGCUGUGAAUUUGACAUGUCCGGUUGGCUUGGAGACUCCGCCGUUGGAGAGGUCGUCCUGGGGGAGGCAAGCCGCGCUUUCCGAGAUGGCGGAUGUGCUGAAAGCCGUGUGCGAGGCCCACAGGCUCCCCUUCGCGCAGACGUGGGUUCCUACGUGCAGCUAUGGCAGUAGGAGCGACGCGAAGGCACAGGGCAACAACGCGGAGCAGGUGAAUGGGAGGUGUUCCAGGAGUAAGGUGGUCCUACGGACAGUCGACGGAGAUGGUCCAUGUUAUGUCAGCGACUCACGCAUGUUGGGCUUUCGACGGGCGUGUCUGGAACAUGUGUUAGAAAAGGGUCAGGGAGUGCCCGGGAAGGCGAUGCUCACGAACCUGCCGGUUUUUGACUCGGACGUCAAGAGCUUCAGCAAGGAUGAGUACCCACUGGGGCACUACGCGAAGUUGUUCGGGCUGGUGUCGGCCGUGGCCAUCCGGUUGCGGAGCGUGCACUCCGGGGACGAGGACUUCAUUCUGGAGUUUUUCCUUCCGACGGAUUGCGUGGACAGCGAGAAGCAGCAGGUCAUGCUGAACUCGCUGUCGAUCACAAUGCAGCGCAUCUGUCAGAGUCUGCGGACUCUGAGCGAGAAGGAGCUGGAGGAGGAGCGGAGGGAGGCGUUAGCGGAGAGCAUGGAAAUGCAGGCCAAAGCGGUAAAGGAGGAGGCGAAGGAGGUGAGCAACAAGGAGGAUCUGCUGGCCGCUUACGGUUUCAACAGGCAUCCUGGCGGGGGUAAUGGUUGUGAGGAGACGACCCAGGCAUUUCCUCAAGUGCUGCAGCAUCACGGAGUCCAGCAGGCAGCAGCCCGGUGCGCAGUGCAGCGGCCUCCGUUGCAGCAGUUUUCUCGCGGGAUGCCGACGGGGCGAGGGUGCGAGGAGGGGCUUCGCAUUCUGGAGUCGCACGUGUAUCCCUGGCACCACCAUCCAGAGCAGAUGGGUUUGGAGCACGGGUUGGGCACGGGAGGGUUCGGGUGCUCGAGCCUGCAUCAAGAUGUGGCUAGUCAUCGGCGCAGGUUUGAGAGAAGGCGAGGAACGACGGAGAAGACGAUCGGAUUGAACGUGCUGCAACAGUACUUCGCGGGCAGCCUGAAGGAUGCGGCGAAGAGCAUUGGUGUGUGUCCGACUACUCUGAAACGGAUAUGCCGGCAGCAUGGCAUCUCCCGGUGGCCUUCCCGGAAGAUCAACAAGGUGAGUAGGUCGCUAAAGAAGCUGCAGGGCGUGAUCGAUUCGGUGCAGGGAGCGGAGGGAGCUCUGCGAAUCAACGCUCUGACGGGAGAUCUGUCGUCCGCGGCGGUGGCAGCUGCGGCCGUGAACGGGCACAUGAACAAGGACAUGGCGGCAUCGUCGCAGGGCAACCUGUCCGUGUCGUGGUCGACGCCAUCUCUGAAUAGCCUGGACGUGAAGGAGGCGCACGGGAAGCUGGGAUCGGCGGAGCCGUUGCUGGGUCCGAAGGAGGAGAGUCGGCGGAGACACGAUCCGUGCUCUCCUCAGAAGCUGCUGCUGUCUAUGCUGAAGCCGACGCUGCAGUUUCGUCCCGAGGACGACAGGAUCGUUUCGUCGUUGGAGGUGAACGCGAUGAGCGGUGCCAGCGGUGGUCACGGUAGAGUGCAGCUGGACAACGGCGACAUUUGCAGGAGCAAUGACCGCAGUUCUGUGAGCAACAUUGGAAGCAACCCGAAUGUGAAGGCGGCGUAUGGUUCGAAUGGCGGGCAUUGUCGUCCAGGGAUGAGUCCGUUGGCUUCGGGUGGCAUUUUGUCGUCCGCCGACACGGACAGAGGCUGUGAAGGCGGCCACGGCGGCAACCGCAGCUCUGGGAAUGCGUGCCAGGACGUUGGAAACGCGGGCAAAGUGAACGGUGGGGGAAAAGGCCAGCAGGCUUCGCCUCUGGGUAGGCCCCUUGAACACUUGGUACCGGGGAGAGGUGGCCCGGGAAGGCCUGGGGAUUUCAUCAAAGCCGCGACGUCGCGGGGGUGGAAUGAGUCCCGGGUCCACGGCGGGGGCGGGGCGAUGGCAGCUCUGAAGGGGGUGGAUCAAUAUGCGUUGUAUGGUCCGGUAGACGAUCCCGUAUCGUCGUGCAACCACGCGAACGGCGGCGAGGACGAGGUGACGGGGCGUCCAGGUCUGUGCAGCCUCGACUCUCCAGGGUUCGGGUCGUCGCCGGCGAGCGAUUGCAGCUCUCCGUCGUCGGGAGUGAAUGGCACUUCGAAUAAGAAGGCGUGGCGCGGGCGGGAAGACAGCGCGGCUAUCACGGUGAAGGUGACGUACGGGCUGGAUACGGUGCGCGUGAAGUUUGCGCAGAACGUCUCGUUCGUGGAACUGAAGGAGGAGGUAGGGCGGAGGUUGAAGCUGGCGGGGCAAAACUUCAAUCUGAAGUACUUGGACGAUGACGAGGAAUGGAUGCUGCUGGCGUGCGACGCGGAUCUCCAGGAGAGCAUCGACCUUAUGCGCGUGUCGGGGAGGCACGCCAUCAAGCUGAUGAUCUGCAGCAACAUGUUGUGAUGGUUUGCUGAGAUUUUGCCUGCUUGAUCGCUGGAACCGUAGGGUUUCCGUUUUUUCAUUCAAGUCCCUCCCUGGACGUAUUUGAGGUUAGCGGGACCUCCAAUUACAUUGUGGUCUCAGAUAUAGACUACUAGGUGGAGGCUACUGAAUGGUUAUCGUAACGAAUUGUUUUUGGCAAGCAUUCCGACUGUGAGGCGGGUUUGAACGGAUGCUUGGGUGGUGAUCAGGCAUUUUGGACACUGCACACGAGACCCAACUGCACGCCCUUUGUAUCACUAAAAGACGUACCACAUAUUUGAGGCAAUCCGGUGGCACGCAAUGUGCUGCAUCGCGAAGUUGUUGAAGUGGAUGACUGGAUCCUAUGAUAAUUUGAUGGGUCGCUCCCAAUUUAGGCACAACUCCCGUCUCUGGUCCAAUGAUCCUCAUGCAUUGGAUUUGGCUUACCUCCUAUAGUUGCACUGUUGGGAUGGCAAUGUUUUGUCAAUACAAGCAGUACAUGUUAUUCAUCAACAUGUGCUGGCAGCAAGAUUGAUAAUUGUAGAGCAAACCUAGCCUAUAUCAAUCAAAUUGCUCUAGAUACUCUAAUCAAUCAAGCAUCUCAUAUUUCACGAGGCUUUAGAAACAUUCACAUGUCCCUAUUUCUUCAUAGAGCGGAGUCCAUUGUCUCCCUAUUAUCUAAUUAAGUGGCAGCUUUCCAUUAUUGUUU